AUGUGUGAUGAUGCAGAUUUAAUAUUGGUUCCGUAUAAUUAUGUUGUCGAUGCUCGCUUGAGAAAAUCUCAUGAAAUUAAUAUUGAAGGCAAUGUUGUGAUUUUUGAUGAAGCACACAAUCUGGAAUCAGUUUGCGAAGAGAGUGCAUCGUACUCUUUCACAUCAAAACAACUUAGUAAGUGCAUCAAGGAAGCGAAAACUGUUUUGAAAUCAGUUAUGGAGGAUGAGGAGGAAAUAAGAUCGAAAAUGGUUAUUAUUUUUUGUUAUUUUCAAGCAGAGGAAUACCAUCAGCGAGAGAUUCUCGUUCGUUGGAUUUCGAAAAUUUUCAUAUUGUACUUUUGUACUUUUCUCAGAAAUGCAUCCUCACAUUGCUCAUCGUAA